AGUAGAGAGUGACAGAUGGCGGCGGGUCCCGGGGGAGCCGGCUCUCCCCCAAUGCAGACGCAUGCCAAUCACCGUCUCUCAUGUGAUAGCUGCUGCCCGUGACGUGCCAAGCCCAUAUGGCCUGGCAGCGAGGCUGGUACCCCGCCUGGUAGAGAUGCCACACUCGCUCCGCGGCUCACACGGCGCGCUGAAGACGCCGGCGCCCGCCGCCUUGAGGAGCCGUUGCCCCCGCGCCCGCCGCCGCCGCCGCCGAGAUGGGGGAACAAUGAACUAGGCGCGCGGACCCCGCUUCCCCCCUCUCUUCUCGCCCCCUCCCCCUCCCCCUUUUCCCGACUCCUCUCCGAGGCACCAUGCUGACCCGCCUGUUCAGCGAGCCUGGCCUCCUCUCAGACGUGCCCAAGUUCUCCAGCUGGGGCGACGGCGACGACGAGGAGCCCAGGAGCGACAAGGGCGAAGCGCCACCGCCGCCGCAGCAGCCGCCGCCUGCGCCCGGGCCGGGGGCUCCGGGGCCCGCGAGGGCCGCCAAGCCGUUGCCCCUGCGCGGAGAGGAGGUGCCCGAGGCCGCGCUGGCCGAGAUUAAGGAGGAAGGCGAGCUGGGCGGCGAGGAAGAAGAGGAGGAGGAGGAGGAAGAAGGGCUGGACGAGGCGGAGGGCGAGCGGCCCAAGAAGCGCGGGCCCAAGAAGCGCAAGAUGACCAAAGCGCGCCUGGAGCGCUCCAAGCUGCGGCGGCAGAAGGCGAAUGCGCGCGAGCGCAACCGCAUGCACGACCUGAACGCGGCGCUGGACAACCUGCGCAAGGUGGUGCCCUGCUACUCCAAGACGCAGAAGCUCUCCAAGAUCGAGACGCUGCGCCUGGCCAAGAACUACAUCUGGGCGCUCUCGGAGAUCCUGCGCUCCGGCAAGCGGCCAGACCUGGUGUCCUACGUGCAGACCCUGUGCAAGGGCCUGUCACAGCCCACUACCAACCUGGUGGCCGGCUGCCUGCAGCUCAACUCGCGCAACUUCCUCACCGAGCAGGGAGCCGACGGUACGGGCCGCUUCCACGGCUCGGGGGGCCCGUUCGCCGUGCACCCCUACCCAUACCCGUGCUCGCGCCUGGCGGGCGCGCAGUGCCAGGCGGCGGGCGGCUUGGGCGGCGGCGCGGCGCACGCCCUGCGGACCCACGGCUACUGUGCGGCCGCCUACGAGACGCUGUACGCGGCGGCGGGCGGCGGGGGCGCCAGCCCGGACUACAACAGCUCGGAGUACGAGGGCCCGCUCAGCCCCCCGCUCUGCCUCAACGGCAACUUCUCGCUCAAGCAGGACUCGUCGCCGGACCACGAGAAGAGCUACCACUACUCUAUGCACUACUCGGCGCUGCCCGGCUCGCGGCCUGGCGGCCACGGGCUGGUGUUUGGCUCGGCGGCCGUGCGCGGGGCCGUGCACUCGGAGAACCUGCUCUCCUAUGACAUGCACCUGCACCACGACCGGGGCCCCAUGUACGAGGAGCUCAACGCGUUUUUCCAUAACUGAGACCUCGCGCGCCACCACCCCCGCCGCCGGGCCCUCUUUUUCUUCUUUCGCCUUUGCCCGCCCCUCUGCUCCAGCGGCCACUCCGCCCCCGCCAGGGGCAGGGGCAGGGGCAGGGGCUCCGCGCCUCCCGGCGCGCAGAGCACAGCGCGCGCCGGGGGUGGGGGGGCUUGGAAAGCGGGACUGCUGCCCGCGCGCUCCGGGGCAUUGCGGGCAAGUCCGUUGCAGCUGUGGGUGGCCUGGCCUCCCGGGCCUCCCGCCCUACUCCCUCCCGGGAAACUCGCCUUCUGUCCCCGAGGGCUUCGGGCUCUCUUCGCGCAGGGAGUGCGCCUCCAGGGACCUCUAGCCGCGCGUGCUCCUUGGAGACCCCCCCCCUUCUCUUGGUUUCUCCUUCACCUCCCUGCAAGCCCAAAGGCGUUGUCCAGGGGACAGCUGAGCAGUGGGGUGCACUUUCCCCUUCCGUUAUUAUUUUAAACACAGACGCCCAAGCUGCCUUGACCCGGCGCCCCUCUUUCUAGCAGAGAGCAGAGCCUGGGCCUGGAGCACCUUCCCCGCUCCCUACUCUGAAUCUCCGCGUUUUGCAGUUUUCAUUUUGGCGGGAGGGGAUGUGGAUUGAGAGGAAAGAGGCCAAGACAAUUUGUAACUAGAUUCCAUUUUACCCUUUUCCAUUUUUAAAUUUUUAUUUAUUUAUUUUUUAACAAACAAACAUACAUGAGGCGAUGAAGGCCGAACGCAGAGUCCGGAUCGGAGAGAAAACGCAGUAAGAAUUUUUAGAAGCAAUAAAAGGCAAAAAAAAAAAAAAAAAAAAAAACUACCAAUAAUAAUAAAUAAUAAUAAAGACACACAUAUCUAUGCAAGGAGGUUCUGACUGAGCCUAGCGGCCCGGCUCAGCCCGGGACGCCCCGCCCAGCGCGGAUCUGUGCACUUUGGUGAGUGGGGGCCCAUGUCGCCCCCUCCCCUCCCAGGUUCUUAACAAUCAGUGACUCGGAGAUUUGGGGCCCCAGUGCCACUGCCCUCCCCUGCCCCGUCCCCAUUGUGCGUCAAACUGUUUUUUAAAAACCUGUUUCCAAAUUUGUAUGGAAUGGCAAACUGUUGGGGGGUCUGUUCGGGGAGGGAGGGUUUGCAUGAGCGACACACACGCACCCCACACUGCACCACACACAGGCCCAGCUCGGAUGAGCGUCCGGGGCCAGGGGAGGCUCCCGCUGCCUCUUCCUCCCCGCGGGCAUCUCUGUCCCCUCUUGGGGUGAGGCCAAGGGCACAGAAACCUGGGGUAGGGGCCAGGACGGCGUCGGGGCGGGUGCCAGGCAUCCGGAGGCUGUGAGCGCUUUUGACCCCCCUUGUCCUCCCGGCUUGGGCCAGCGGGUGGCUGGGGAAGGUUGAGAGCCCCUCUGCAACUUUCCCCAGAAGGGGUGCGCGAGGUGAACCUCACCCCAGCAGAGGCAGGGCAUGGGCAUCCAAAUACAGGAUGCAAAAUAAAAGGCAAACCCACAGGCGACACACCCACACACUCACCAACACACACGCAAUCUGACCUUCCCGCCGGACACCCGAAGUGCAUUGCGUGUUUCUGUUCAGUUUAAUGACGAUUAAUAAAUAUUUAUGUAAAUGA